AAGCACGAUGCCUCCAACUGCCGCCAUACGGAAUGCACCAACACGAGAUCGUGGAAGAACCAUGUUCAAAGCCGACCUUCCGAGCACCAUAUCGGCUCAGCCCCAUGGAGCUAGCCGACAUGAAGAAACAGAUCGAGUAUCUCCUCGCAAAAGGACUCAUCCGACCAUCCACUUCACCAUACGGUGCCCCAGUACUCUUCACACCGAAUCCAGACGGAAGCCUGCGCAUGUGCAUCGAUUACUGAGCUCUCCAUCAAGAACAAAUACCCAAUUCUACGAAUCGAUGACCUGCUUGACCAACUUCGGGGAGCCACAGUAUUUUCCAAAUUGGAUCUGCGGUCCGGAUACUGGCAGAUACGAAUGGCGGACAAUUCCAUCCACAAAAUUGCCUUCCAAACGCGGUAUGGGUCGUACGAUUAUCUGGUCAUGCCGUUCGGACGCACCAACGCACCGGCAACCUUCCAAGUCGAAAUGAACCACAUCCUACGCCCACUCUUG